GUUGCACUUCUAUUUAUUAGUUUUCUUAGCCCCAUACAAUGAGAAGGAUGUUCAAAGCUCAGCUGUGGUUUGUGAUCUUUUUUGUAAUUGAUUUUGCCUCUUCCAAAGAAAGUUUAAAAUUUCAAUCGGUAAAAACAAGUGGACGUCCAAUAAGGGCUCUCUCGGAGUAUUGCCAAAUCAAGAAUUUUGAAAAUCCCAAGGAAGGAGAACAAGUUGCAUCAUUAAUUUCACUCCAAAGAACAGUCUUCACGGACGAAGAUGGGGUCGUUCAAGAGGUGGUGAUCAACCAGUGGACCUCAAGUCCUUGCGCGACUCUGCACUAUUUGGAAAAUGACUCGAGAUCAACGAUGGGGACGAAAAUCUCAACACUGUCUCUAAAAAACGGCGACAACAUUGUGAGCAAGAAAUUUGGCGGUAGGGCAGAGUUCAAGGUCAACGUUUGUCUGCUGGAAAAACCUGGGUCCACCAUAGAAGGCAUGUGCAUUUUUGACAAGCCGCGAUACAAGAGGAAAAACGCUUACUAUUACUACCCUGACCGCCCCUGUUGUUCCAACAUGUAUGCUAAAUGUGCUAAUCCUGCCAUCUGCAAUUACUGUAUUGCAAAAUGAUUUGAAUUGUAAGAUAAAAAAAGUUUGACUUUAUAAAAAAAAUC